AUGGUUGACGUACUGUCAUCUUCGCAUAUUCGGAACUUGCCGGAGCGGGAGCAGCUUGCUCUUCUUGUGCAACAAUGGAACGAAAACCGCUUGGAUUUGUUUCAUCUGAGUUAUCCGACGGAGGAAUUAGAGAUUGAAGGAGUCAUGCGAUUCUAUUUUCAAGACGGUGGAGAACGAGUCCUCACAAAAUGUGUCCGUGUUUCAAGUACAGCAACAACUAGGGCAGUUGUAGAUGCAUUAGCGGACAAAUUUCUUCCUGAUCUAAAAAUGCUCACUGAUGAUAGUUACUCACUUUGGGAGGUACACGAAAACAGUUCAGAGAGAAAGUUAGACGAUGAAGAGAAACCUCUUUUGGUUCAAUUAAACUGGCAUCGUGAUGAUAGGGAAGGACGUUUUCUACUUCGAAGGGAUAAUCAGCCGACGAUUCCAUUAUCUCUUGUCCAACAACAACAAGUUCAAGACGCGAAAGUCAGUAGGUAUACGAAGAAAGACAAGAAAGAGAAUCGGAAGAAGACGAAGGAUAUCGUUACCUUAAAUGGAGGACGGGAAGAACCAAUUGUUAUGAACGAUAUUUAUCGGCAGGUUCCGCAAAAUACGUUCACUAGAACCAUUUCUAACCCGGAAGUUGUGAUGAAGAAGAAGAGAGAGAAGAAGCUAGAAGCCAAGCUUAAAGAGAUCGGUCAUGGUGGCAGUUUGAAGAUCUAUGGAGGCGAGUUGAUGCCGUCUAGGCCGUACGUGAGCAUCCUCGUUUCGGUUGAAGAUGAUGCAGCGAAAAUUCUGACAGAAGCUCUCGAGAAAUACGGCUUCGAGGCAAAGUCCGGAGAAUAUGUGCUAGUCGAGUUGCCCGUGUCCGGAAACAGACGUAGUUUUACUGACGUCCAAACGAACGAAGGACGAAUUGUUGACGUACACGAACGCCCGCUCAAAGAAAUGCAUUUCACAGAAAAUGGCCCUGAUACUUACUUAGCCAUACGAAGGGCUCCUCCUGACUAUCGCGCUCCUUCUACUAUCAUUAAUGAUAAUGUUGUUCCACCAGCCCCUUCUCAGAAUAAUCUUGAAAUUGAUCCCGCAUUCUUAGUUCUACAACCCGAUGGCAGCCCGUCUGAUCCUCCCCAAUGGAUUAAUAUACUGCCGGGAAUCACUGAAGUUGGAAGUGAUAAAUCAUUAGUUCAAUACUCUCCUGAAUCACAGAACAUCUAUAUUGAUUCGCAUGAUGUUUGUGGAAGACAUUGUGUCAUAACACUCAUGGAUGGAAUAACUACAAUAACUCCAAGUGCUGAUGAAGCUAGACUUGAAGUUAAUCAAAAAGUCAUUCGACAAACCGAAAUUCUUUCGAGUGGUUCCAUAAUAGUUGUUGGGAGGAAGAACUUAUUCCAAUUUUUCAACAACAAACAUUCAAUGAAUUCGGAAGCUCUGCAAUCUGAGUAUAGCGAUAUUAGCCACGUAAUAAACACAAUGAGCCUGUCUGGAUCGUGUUCGGAUUUAAGGAAGUCGUCUGAUCCUCAAAGGACGCGUGGAGCUGUCCAAGUAUCUUCCACCAUGGGACAAAUGACUCUUCCUAUUUCUCUCCAAAUUGGAGAUUACAAGGUUUGGGAUUACCUUGUUGAGGUUAUGUCCCGCGGUUAUGCAGAUUCGGCUGCUUUCCGUUUGUCUCCAGCUUAUUCUCUUUAUCUUGCCUUGAGGUUCUUUCAUUCUCAUUCAAAGCCCUAUCUUGUUCAGUUUUUUGCUCGAAUCAGUCAUCACAUGACUCAAAUCUCUCAGGAAUGUACAUCAAGAGAUGAACUCAUUUUUUGGUUAGCCAACGCUAGUGAACUUUCCCAGAUUGUUGAGCGCAAUCCAGAUCUCCGAACACCUCGUUCUGGCCAAUUUGGGACAGUGGUUGAAGGAGUUUUCCGCCGCUUAUGUACCGUUUUGUUAGGAGCAGUUCGACCGCUAUGUCGACCUAUGCUAGAUCCUUGGUUAAGUGUAGAAGAGGCAACAAGGGAACUGAUCCAAUUAUUGGAUACCACCUUGAGAUCAGCAAGAUCUUCUCGAUUGAAUCCAGCCCUCACCAUCCAGCUUUCUAGUCAAAUGUUCCAUACCAUAAAUGCCACUCUUUUCAAUAACAUGGUUGGAGCUGGAUCAAUUCAAGUCGAUUUGACUACUAGGUUGGGUAGAUGUCUUGUUCAGCGACUUGCAGCUUUGCAUAGGUGGGCUGAACAAGUUGGUGUGGAACUAACUGCAGAGUGUCACCUUGAUCGUUGUCGACAAGCCGCUAAUCUUAUCGCUGCUCAGAAGAACGAUAUAGCAGUCCUUGGUUCUACAUGCUAUAAACUGAAUAGUCUUCAGGUCCGCUAUUUACUUUCGCAUUUUAUUGUCGAAAACGGAGAGAUACCCUGUGAGAACGAGGUUCUGACCCGUAUAGUUAACUUAUCGGAACGACAAGCCGACGUUUUAACGCAACAGGAUGGCCUUCCAUUGACUCUUGAAGAAUCCGAUCAACUGUCUUUGCCGUUCCUUCUACCGCAAGACGGCUAUACAGCAGAACAUUUGAGAGAUGUACCUGAUGGAUUGGCUCAAUAUCUCUUUGGAUUACGAGAUAAGGGCUUAUGUCAUUCCGUUAACCUCAACGACCAAAUGCCUUGUGGCGCGGAUACAUCUCAGUCGCCUCGUUUUUCCGAACAACCUCAAGGUGUCGUUCCUACAUCGGCAGUUCCUCCAGCACCUAUGCAAAGGAGUGUUUCACAGUCUACGUUAACUGGCGUUCCUCAGCCAUUUAACGAGAGUUAUGGUAGCAGAUCUGAUGAAGUCAUCCGCGUCACUCUCAAGCGCGGCAAUGGCGGUAUAGGAUUGAGUAUUGUUGCUGCUCAGGGCAUUGGUGACAGACAGACUGGAAUUUAUGUUAAGAAGGUAGUUGAAGGGUCUCCAGCCGCAAUGGAUGGCCGAUUAUCUCCUGGUGAUCAAUUACUCUCUGUAAAUGGACAAACACUUUUAGGAAUCACUCAAGAAGAUGCUGCUCAAUGUAUGGCUCGUAGUCGAAAUGAGGUUCAUUUCGAAGUGAAGAAGGGAGCUGCAAAUAAGAAUGGUUUGGCAGUGUGGCUUCAGUCAAAUGCGCCAGUGGGACAAACCGCUCCUUUACCAACCCCACCUAACUCAAACUAUGCUUCCCCCUCAGCAACAUUGAGUCAACCCAUGCACCAAACUCUUCCUUCACGUCCUCCUCAGAUGCCUCCUGGCCCACCUCCUUAUUCUAACUAUGGACAACUUCCUAAGUACGGCAGUCAGCAAUCCGUACAAGCUCCAACCUAUCAACAGCGUCAUCAGCAAAUUAGCGCAUCCCGUGGUUCUGCUUUCCAGCCCCCUCAGAAUAUGAACAAUGGGGAACCAGCUAGACAUGUUCGCUCGAUUUCUGCCUCAGAGUUAUACCAGAACGAUCCUAACGCUUCAUACUCACAACGUUCAAUAGCUAGUACAACAACCGGGUUCGAUAAGUUACCUGCCCACUACAGACAUUCCAGUCGACCGACUGUCGUUCAACCAGGUCGGCCAUGCCCAUCUCCUAAUACCUUGAGACGAGGAGCACAAUCACCAGUGUCAUUGUAUCGGCCACCAAGUUCGAAUGCGUUACACAGACCUCCAAGUGUGACGAAUCUAUUCGCACCACCCAGAUCUCCCAAUCCAUUACAACAGCAGGGAUAUUUAAGUCAAGGAAUUAGGGAGAGCACACGGAGUAUCGAUAUGACUGAUUAUCCUCACGUCUUCCAUCACAGUCCUCAAUCUUCUCAUACUUUGAAUUGCUGA